CAACUCUCUCUCGCCACCGUCUGCUUCUCAAAGGCAAGCAUUAUCCAGAACCGAAAGCAAAAGGAUCAAACUCCAAACAGGGCUCGCUACUAAAAGCCAAAUGGUCUCUGAACAAAUGCACCGAAGAGACCACAUCAACAGCGACGACGUGGAGAGAGACUUAGUCCCCAAGAUGGCCAGCCACUACGAAGCCCUCGCCGAGAAGGCCAAGGAGCCCGCCAUCACCAUCGUCGGCGGCAGAGACGCUCCGAUCGAAACGACCGGCACCAAAACAGGGCACGACGGCCCUUCCAAGAUGGCGGAGAAGCCGGACGAAACGGCCCAGAGAGGUGGCGGUGGCGGUGAAAAGGGAGGGAAAGUGAAGGAGAAGGUGGUGCAAGGCGCGAGUGGGACGACCCAGUACUUGGCAGAGAAGAGCAAGGAGGGCUAUGAGGCCGUGAAGGAAACGGCCGCGAAGGCCAAGGACCAUACGGUGGAGGCAGGGCAGAAGGCGGCAGAGAUGGCCGCAAAGCCUUUGGUGGCCGCUAAGGAUGCUGCGGUGGCGGUAGGCAAUAGAGCGAAGGAGGCGACGGCUGCGAAGACGGAGCAGAUGGAGCGAGAACGGCAGGCAAGCAAGCAGAGAGGAACCGAGACAACGGAUGAGAUCUCGCAGGAGCCAGUGGAGUACCAGGACAAUGAAAACCAAGGCACUGUGGAGGCGGAGUUCGAUGGAAAGCGAAAACAGGGAAAGCAGGGGACAUUGGGAGGGAUACUGGGAGCCAUUGGAGAGACGCUGGUCGAGAUUGCGCAGUCGACCAAGGACAUGGUUUUGGGCAAGGACCACACUGGCAAGCCUGAGAACGCAGUGGUGUAUGACUUGGGCUGUGGUGGCAAGCGACCCGCGCAGUGAGAAAAGUCAUCACCAACAUGUGAAGCCCGUCUCAAUUAGAGUAAAAAAGUGUGUAUGUACGCGCGUGUGCGGAAAGACAAGCAUUUCCCUUUUUCCUUCUCUGUAUAAUCCCCUGCUUUCUUGGACUCUUGAAGCGUUCAAAUGAAUUUGAAAGAUGCUUGUGAUCUUAGAAUGGCUAAAUGGUGUUCGUAGCAUAUUCGCCUGCA